AUGAAUCCCUUUCAGCAGCAAAAGGCCGCUAAGGCCUGGCAUCGCGUUGGCCUUGUAUCCUCAUUACCAGAACUCGAGAAUGACGACGGCUAUCGGAUGGCCCCGAAAUGCAAAGCUUUCAACAUUCCCAAGGAUGGAACCUCAGACCCUCAGGCUCCAGAAGAGGCGGACCUUGACCUCUUGUUCGAUUUGAAGGAUCAGGUUCUUGUCUUCAAAUAUAAAGGCACAGUCCAUGCCGUUGAUCAUGCUAAAUUAUUCGACAUUGAGGAUUUUGGUAUCAAGCUUAGUACCGGACUGACAUGUCCCAAGCAUGGCUGGUCCUUCGAUAUUGUCACCGGCAAGGGAGACCGAGGCAAUUACAACCUUAAAAUUUGGGAAGUCGAUUUGCGAGAACCUCCAUCGACUGCUGAGACUUCCGAAGAUGACAAGGAAGUCUGGGUGAGACGUAAGCAGCGGAUUGGCUGA